AUGAAUAAAAAUAUAUUUAGUUUAGUUUGUAUCAUCUUGUAUACCCUUUUGGCUGUAUCAAUACAUUGCUCGGAGCAGAAAAGUGAUCGAUCUAAGACAUCUGGAUUAAGAAGUAGGGUCAUUCGUGCUAUCCAAAAAAUAAAGAGAAGCAACAAAAAAAAUGAUAUAGAACCUCAACAAGAAAACCAAUCAAAUAAUAACAAUAAAAAAAAUCGUGAUCAUGAGAUAAUUGAUAGUAUUACUUAUUACAGUGAUCAGUACAAAAAAACGAGGUAUCGCCAUACAACUUGUUGUGGAUUGUUUACUGAAUAUAGAUAUCCACAUACUUCAUAUUAUUCACAUAGUGCACGUGACUAG